CACACCGACGCAACAUGAGCGUUCUGCGCGAAGAAAGCUUCGAGGUCAUUGCACAGAGUUUGGGCCUGGAGCAGCUAAAACCAGGAUGUGCUGCAGAGCUCGCGCCAGAGAUCGAAUUCCGGCUCCGUGAAAUCAUUCAGGACGCCAUGAAAUUCAAAUCGCACGCGCGCAGAGAUCGGUUGACUUCGCAAGACAUCAAUCACGCGCUGAGCUCGCGUAAUAUGGAGAUGCUGUACGGGUAUGGUGCCGGUACUGGGAGUGGCACAACGUUCCGCAAGAUCAGUCCUGGGUUAUACAUCACGGACGAACCGGAAGUGCCAGUCACAGACAUCAUGAAUGCCCCACUUCCUGUGAUCCCGCUCGAGCCCGUCGUGCAUAUGCACUGGCUUGCUGUCGAAGGCGUGCAGCCCAAGAUCACCGAGAACGAUGUCGACGAGCCAACGAUCGAUCACACUUCGACAACGUCGGUUACGUUGAACGCCCCGAACCCUUCAAGCGGCGUCGAGCGAAAGCCCCUCGUCAAGCAUGUAUUGACGGACGAGAUGCAACUCUACUUUGAAAAAGUGACGGAUGCGAUCAAGUCGGACGAGUUUCAUCGCCAACAGGCCGCUUUCAUCAGUCUCACCAAGGACCCCGGCCUUCAUCAGUUGCUCCCGUACUUUUCCAAAUUCAUCUACGACCAAGUCAAGACAAGUCAGCGCGAUCUGACGCUACUCACGGCCAUUCUGCGGAUGGCACGGUGCUUACUCUCCAACACGUCCCUUCGCAUUGAACUCUACCUCGAGCAGCUCAUUCCGUCCAUCUUGACGUGUGUGUUGAACCGGCAGCUAUGCGAGAACCCCGCCGACGACCACUGGGCCGUUCGCAAAUCGGCCGCCCAGCUCAUGGCACAAAUAUGCCACCGGUACGUCCACCCUCUCCAUUCUCUGUCCAUUGCAUGUGGACGCAAGUCCAUCCUGAUCAAAGCAGACUACUCGUACAUGUUCCUGGGCCUUUAGCACACUUCCGUUGCGUGAUUUGUGCCGCUAUAACUCGAUGUAGAUUUGGCGAAUCCUACGAAUCUCUUCAACUCCGCGUAUCCAAGAUAUACCACGAAGCGUUCUUGGACCCGACGCGGCCGCUCACGUCGCAAUACGGCGCGAUCGUCGGUUGCCUGUAUUUGGGGCCGUUGGUCAUGGAGUCGCUGUUAUUUCCCCACAUUGCCACGUACCUGCGUCGACUUGACCCGGUCCUGUCGCCAAAGAAUCCGAACCUCGUCCAACGCCUGGAAGCAUUGCAUUGCGUGGGGAUGUUGGAGGUAUGGCGCCUCGUCGCUCGUGCUGUGAAUCGUCCAAGAGGACGCACACAACGAACGAUCGUGAUGAUCCUUCGCUUGUUGAUGACCAUGCCACACGUAGCAAGCAGCAGGGCAAUACUUGUCCCAGCACGUCAAGCCCCACGUGAUGCUCUCGCGGGAAUGCCUCGACACCAUGCAUGUGUUGGACGCGGUGUUUGGAGAAGCGCUGACACCGUAUAUUUGUCCAGCGCUCGGAAGCGAUGGGUCGGCUAGUUACAUCAACCUUACGUGGUAAUUUGACCCAACGAUGCACGGGCGUGUUGAGUGUGCACGUGCGGGCAAAACGAGCAUCCGUGGCUUCCUCUUUAUGCCUCCCAACCAUGAAAACAGGCCGCAAGUGUGCCAGAGAGCAGUCGAGCUCACUUCUGAACUGACGAACGGGCAUAGCUGCCCUGAGCUUGAUCACACGUGAUAUGCUGCAGCUAGGAGCUCGUGGCCUCAGCCGCCACGCCCUUCGAUCGUCCACUCGUUGUCGCUGGUGUCGCUGUGGUCAUCGUGGUCAAAAGGCCAAACUGCCAUCGGGAAAAAGUCCAUGGCAUGUCGUGGCACACUCGUCGUUGGCAUGCAAUUUGUCUGAAGGAAGGCUACAACCGCAUCAUGGCCGCGUUCUUUGGCCUCACGCAGUCCGGCGUCGGUGCCACCUUCGCAUCUCGUGGCGUGCAGCCAUUCAACGACGUCGAGAUGACCGUUCGUUGCGGCAUCGUCCAUCGCGUCAGUUGUGCAGCCUUCCGAGCGAUGCGCAUGGAGCCAUUGAACAACGUUGAGAUGGCCACGUCCGGCGGCUCCGUCAAAUGCCAACGACGUGCAGCCUUCUCUUCGGUGGACGUGCAGGAACUCAACCACGUUCAAGUGACCAUUUGUCGCCGCACCGUCCAUGGCCGCGUCUGUGCAUCCUUCGUGGCGAUUGAAAUGAAGGAAUUGGACUACGGCAAGGUGUCCGUUCGUCGCGGCAGCGUCCAUGGCGUUCGUCGUACAUCCUUCCGCGCGGUGGUAGUGGAGGAAGGCCACCACUUCGACGAACCCGCGAGCUGCGGCUCCGUUCAAAGCUCGCACCGUGGCCCCGCCGGAAGUGUGUGCAUGCAGAAAUCGGACGAGAUCGAGAUGUCCCGCUGAAGCAGCGUCGUCGAGAGCACGGGAAGUGCAGCCUUCUCCACGAGCGUGAUGGAGGAAUUCCACCACGGAGAGAUGGCCAGCUGACGACGACAGAUCCAUCGCAUCUGUUGUCGCCAUGGAGCCGUACGAAUGCAACAACUGGACGAUAUGGACGUGUCCGUGGAAUGCAGCACAAUCCAACGCGCGCUCUGUCAACCACAAGGGUUUGCAAACAAGCCACUGUCGAACGCGCGUGGCGUCGCCUUCGAAGAUAGCGAGAUGGAGGGGCAAGCAACUUUGGAUAGAUUCGUCCAAGCAGAGAAACGCCAGGUCCAUGGCUUUCUUCCCGUAAGCUUUGUAAAAGCGCUCAGGGAGGAUCAGAGGCGCAGUGCACGACGCCUGCGUGCCAUGUCCCAGCUUUCGCUGGAAAUGUCAUUAUCGCUUGAUUGAUGCACGCGUUCAAGACGGUCUUCGAAGGAUAGAACUAUCCCCACAAGCUAUUCUGAAGUGGCGGCAUGGCUCUGUCAAGAGUAAUCGAGCGAGGCCGCGGCAAGUAGACGUAUGCGAUCGGCAGUGCAUUUGGUCCUCCAACGGCAAUGAUGCGCUGGAUCCACGGGUUGAAGUCGAGACUCCGCAGCAUACAUACCACAUGAUGGCUCUGCAUCAACGAGCAUGGAAGACACGUGGUGUCGAGACGAGGAGGAGCUUCUUGGAUCCUUGCAUAAUCGAGCACGGCUUCCUUGAAGUUCUGCAACGUCAACGCCGCAGGAAGACCAAGUGGAUCAGGUGGUAGUGGCGCAACUCCUGGUGCAUUCGCUUGCUCUUGAGCAUCCCGGAUAGCUUCAACAAAGACCUCCACGUUUUGCCAUCCAAAUAUCACGGGCGGGUCGUCUUCCACGUGAACAGAUAGUUGCUUGAUCGUGUCGUAGAGGUGCUCCUCUCCAUUCGCCUUCAACACAUCUUCGAGUAGAGCAGUAUUCUUCGUGGCAUCGAUCGCGCUAGACACUUGUUCACCGCGCAACGUGCCCGAAGCAACAGGCGCAUUCACGUUCAUCUUCGUUCUCUUCUUCUUGCUCUUCUUUGGUGCCAUUCUUGAAAGAUGAUGAAUGAAUG